GAAUCACACACACACACACACACACACACACACACACACACACACUCUCCAUGGCGUUCUCUCUAGAAGAAGAUCUCUCCCGUCCAGUGAGUUUAGAGCUUCAUCAGGAUCCUCAGCUCCUCUUCUGUGGACACUGUGGAGUUGUUGGAUAUCACCACGCUGUUUUCUGCUCGUUUUGCUCUCCAACAUGUCCUGUGUGUCACCAGGAAUCCCUGACCAGCCUGGCUCUGAGGAACACCCGUGAGUCCUAUCAGAGGGAGAAGGAGAUGGAGAGAGAAGACAGGGAGGAAGACGGUGUCAUUCGAUGUCCAUUGCACAGAGAGAAAAUCCUGUUUUUCUGCAAGAACGAUGAAGAGGCCAUAUGUUCUCAGUGCAGAAAACAGAGUCACAUAUCACACAGAGUUCAGCCUUUUACACACACUGUAUACGAGCGAAAGGACCAAAUCAAAGCAGCUGUCCGUCCAGCCGAGAAAGUUCUGGAGUCUUUAAGGAACGGCACAGCACUGGAGCGUAAAAUCACCAAAUACAUUGAGUCUCAGGCUGAGCAGACGGAGAAGCAGAUAAAGGAGGAGUUUGAGAAGCUUCAUCAGUUCCUCAGAGAGGAGGAAGAGGUCAGGAGAGCUGCACUGAGGGAGGAAGAGGAGGAGAAGAAAGAAAAACUGGAAAGAUGGAUUGAACAAGAGUUACAGUCCCUCUCGGAUAGAUUGAUGGAGGUGGAAGAAGAGCUGGAGAAUGAUGAUGUCACAUUCCUGUCGAACUUUGACCAUAUUAUGACACGGGCUCGGUACAGACGGUCAGAUCCACAGCUGAACUCAGGAUCUCUGAUCGAUGUGGCCAAACACGUGGGAAAUCUGAGAUUCAGAGUGUGGGAGAAGAUGAAAGAUCUUUGUCCUUACUACCCGGUAGUCCUCAACCCGAACUCCUCCCACAUGUCUGUGUCUGGUGAUCUGGUGUGUGUGAGACACUCCGUUCGCAGAUUUUACUCCCCCAACCCCCUACAGAAGAAUGCUAACCAUUUGGUUCUUGGUUCGGAGGCCCAAAAUGCCAGCUUCAACUGCUGGGAUGUGGAGGUGGGAGACAGCAAGCACUGGACCCUGGGUGUGUGUCGACGCUCGGCGGCCGAGAGAAACCUCACACAACCUUUGAUCUCUCAAAAUAGGUUUUGGGGUCUCAGCAGAAAUGGAGAUUUCUAUGAUGUCUUGUGGUCCACAGAGGCUCCGUUUCGGUUAAGGAGGCCUCCGAAAACGGUGCGGGUGAAGCUGAUACAACGUUUCGAUCUCAACAACUGGAAACUUUACUGGAUGCUGAGAUUUUUAGAUGCUAGCAAUGAAUCUGUGAUCGCCUGUAUUCGUGAUAUAGCAUUUGGGAGGGAUUUCAUUCCCUUUUUGAUCCCAGAGGAGAGAAAUGCUCCUCUGCGCAUUGUUCCUGUAAAUGUAAACAUGACCAUGGAGAAGAAAUUCAGCUUCUUAGAGAGGCACAUGGACAUGAUACCUUUAUAUGUAAUUGGAUUCCUCAUGGUGCUUUUGGUGUGUUUGGUGAUGAUAUUGGUAAAAAUACAUUGAGAAAGUGAAAAUCAGAGAGUUGUUUGGGUUGCAUUUCAAGAAGCACCUUAUAAGAAUAUAUUGAAAUAAUCAAGUUAACAAGAAUAGCAUGCUUCUAGAUCCAUACGAUAAAAAGCAGGAGCUUAGUACAGAUAGAUAAAAGUGCAGAAAGUUCAACAAGUGUAAGACGGAUCAGCCACAGUUUAGUUAUAAGUAAGCAUAACAGAACCAGAGAAUGUGGGUAAUGAUGAGAGAGUAAUUUUGUAUAAUGGUGCCGAUCACAGGAAAUUGCAUGAGAGUAAAGCACUUAAAUUUCAUAACCGAAUUCUGUUUUCUGAAAAAUCAUGCUGGAAAUAAUGAAAUAAUGUGGUGUAAUAAAACUGUUGAUUUUAAAAUAUGAAACAUGAAA